AUGAGGAAACGAGUCUCGAGAGCUUGUAAUCUAUGUCGGGCGCGAAAAGUGCGGUGCAUCAUUGAGAAUCCGGCUGGUCCCUGUGUCAAUUGCAGACACAACGACAAAGUCUGCACAUUCAAGCGUCGCCAUGGAAUAAUAUCAACGACACCUUCACUACGACCAAACGAUCCCCCGACGCCGCGAUCAGUCGAAUCAGCCACUACGACAUCCGAACCCCGAAACAUUCUCCCCGCGCCUACGACAAUCACCCAAAACUCACAACAACAACCGCCAAACUUCAGCGCUGGAUCGCCGACGCAUCCCGAUUACGCAUUCCUCCAAGUCCCCGACACAAAAGACUUGCUCCCGCAGGAUUUAGCAUUCCUUUUUGUUUCGUCGGAUACGAUUAAGAUGUUGGGCUUUGAGGAUGUGCAUCAAGCCAAACUCGCUUUUUAUCGUCGAUCAAAGCUCCUCUAUGACUUCAGCGUCGAAAAGUCCUGCAUCGCCAUAGCCCAAGCCUCCCUCCUCCUCGCGCACACACACCUCAUCCCCCGCUGCAUAGCAGGCAACAAGCCCCUCGGCUCAAUCUGGCUCGGCAUCGCAAUAUCCUACGCCCGCGUCUCCAAAGCACACUGCUACUCCUCCCUCCGCCCCAACAAAGACACCGAAGUAGCCAAGGUGCAAAAACUACGCAACACGCUCAAGCGACUCUGGUGGUGCUGCAUCAUCUGCGACCGCCUCCUCCCCCUAACAUCCCGCCAGAGCAUAAAGAUCACACCCUCAAAUUUCAGCUUUUCAUGCUCAAAGUUGGGAAACGUUGCAUGCGGAGUUGCUUUCGAGGCUGGUGGAUCUUUGUGUGGUGCUGACGGAUGUUUUGACGGUUACGAUUCGUGGAGUGAGACGAAGACGACGUUGGAUGAGAGGAUGGCUGAGGAGAUUUCACCUUCUUCGUCGAUUAUCUUGUUCAAGAAUCUCAUUGAGAUGUAUUAUCACUCAGCGAGACUUUCAGUCUGCCAUUACAACAUUCUUCGAUCGAGUUUAUUACCGCCAUCUCAAUCCGAUACCCAACUCCGACGACAAAGCGAAGAUCUACAAGGCUCAGCAUCGCGCGUGACAGAAUGUCUUCUCGAAUUCGACCGUCUAGGGUUAUCACGCUGGCUCCCAAUGACUGCCAUCGGAUGCACGGCCUUCCCACUAGCCCUCCAAAUGAUCGACGUCGAGCUUCUUCGCCCCAAAAAAGCAUCUUCACCAGAAGAAGGCGUCAAGCUCACCCAAAAAGAACAACACGUCGAAAACAUCCUCAAACAGAUGAAGAGCUACAAAAAGAAAUACUACAUCACAGACUGGGUCAUGCGAGCUAUUCGACAUGUCGUUGAACUAGCCAGACAACGAUCACCUGCGCCAAUGUCCACCGAUGACGAUUCUUCACCGAGCAGUUGUCUCGACAUGCUCAAAACACGACCGAGUUAUUAUCUACGACUCGUCAUGACGCUCGAUAUGAGUAUUAGCAACGGCAGACUCCCAGACGAAUGCGAUUUUCCCCCAUCUCUACGAAAAACAGGUCGUGGGUUGAGCUCCAGAUCUCAAGCUACGUCCAUGCCAACGGUCGACGAACAAUCAAUGAAGCGUUUCUCCGCUAUGAACAAACAUCUCAUCCCCGACAAUCUAACAGACUUUAUGGAUCACAACAAUCUCCUCUCUAACAACACACAAACUCAAGAUUUACGUACCAUCGACCAAGAAGCCUUCUUCAACAAUAAACAACCCUUCCCCGCUGAUCUGACAGCAGCGUUAUGCGAGAUUACGAAUAUUCCACCGCUGGAUUUUAGCGAUAUGUCUUUGAUGGAUUCAACGCAUUUUAAUGAUUUUGGCGGCGUUCCGUUUUGGCCUUAUGAUUUAUUGGGGUCUCCGCCUGAUCAGGCUGGGGGACAGGUGGAGGAGGUUGGGAUGGGGGAUAUGUUUAACGGACUGAUGGGGGAAAUGAAUGAUAAGACUUAUGAAGGGAAUGGAAAGGAGGGUGCAGCGAAUAAUAUGGUUAUGGAUUCUUUUUGA